AUGGAGCGAUUGCAGGCAUUGAGGCCGCUGGCUGAGGAGCGGAAGGCUCGCAGAGCACCAUGGGUGGCAGAGCCACGGAUGCAGCUGAGCCUCUCUUCUGACUGCACUGGCUUCGCCACUUUUGCGCAGGCAGCGGCGCACUUGGGUUUCAGAGUCCAGCACACAGUGUGCUCCGAAUGUGAUCCUCAAAAGAGAGUGUUGUUGCAAGCUGUGCAUGGCGCACUGGGGGUGGAUUCUGGGCUGGUGCUAGAGGACUUGCGACAGCGUUUGCAGCAGCCUUCGUGCAAAUCGCUUUUGCACGAGGGCGGGUAUCCCUGCCAGGGUUUUAGCUCUAUGGGCAAGGGCCGCGGCAUUUCAGACCCUAGGGGUGAGUUGUUACUUGAUGCAGUAGAGAUUAUCACGCGGGAUCAGCCUUUGGCCUUCGUGAUUGAGAACGUGGCCAGCCUGGCAUCGGAUGAAAAGUAUUCAGAGAUUUGGCAGGCGAUCCUGGGAAUCUUCCAGGUCGGCGGAUACGACGCGACCUGGCGGAUUUUAGACAGCGCGGAUCACGGCGUGCCUCAGAGCCGGCUGCGCGUCUACUUGAUCGGUGUCCGAGAUGACCACGCCAGGCGUGGCGAGAUGUCUUUGUUGACGUAG